AUGGAGGAAGAAAAAGAGAAUAUUUGUCUUAUGGCUAUCGGAAGGCCACAGGGAAACUGCAAACAAGAUAUGGUGGAUGGUCCUUCAAAAGAACAGACUCAAAAUCCGACAACUGAAAGCGUCCACAUGCAUCAAACCCACUUGGUGCAUGCUUUGGUGGGUAACUGGUGGCUAUUACCAUCUCAGUACAAUUCUCAGGAUAAAUUCUUGUCAAGCAUGCAACUGAUAGAAACACUGGUCCAAUCACGUGACAAGAUAUGUGAACUGCGUCUGACAAAGCAGGUGGAUUCAUCAAGCAAAGUUAUUUCUAUUGAAUAA